AUCUAUCACAGCGAGGCAGCAGCACAGAGAGGAACUUUAUACUGAACACCAUGCCCGGGCCUGCUGCAAGUGCAACUAAUGUUGGCGCAUCUAGUCGGUCACCAAGUAAAGCUGUUGCACCCAGAGCUGCAGGAUCAACAGUGAGACAGAGAAAAAAUGCAAGCAGUAGCACAAGGAGCGCAGGCCGUACCACUUCAGCUGGCACAGGAGGCAUGUGGAGGUUCUACACUGAGGAUUCACCAGGUCUAAAAGUUGGGCCAGUUCCAGUGUUGGUGAUGAGCCUUCUUUUCAUUGCAUCUGUCUUCAUGUUACAUAUCUGGGGAAAAUACACACAGUCUUAAACUUACCCUCCUGAUGACAACUUUUUUUUUUUUUUUUUUUCCUGAAAACUGCAGACAUUGAUAUCGGACCAAACAUUUGGACUUUUUAUUUAAAAAACCCCCCCAUCAAUUUCAAAAGUUGAAUGGAUUAAAUAAUGCUAAUAUAUCUCA